AUGUCUGUCAUCGAUACUACCAAAGACCUGUCGGCGCUGUUCAGCGACCAAGCCCGGGCGAGUCCGCAGGCCGUCGCGCUGGAGGACGGCGACAGCGUGUACACCUAUGCUGCGCUGGAUGCCGCGGUAGACGCGCUGGCUGCGCGACUGCGCGGCUACGGCGUGGGCCGCAACACGCAGGUGGGAGUGCUCCUGCCGCGCUGUGCGCAUUACGUGAUCGGCUGUCUGGCCAUCUUACGCGCCGGCGGCGCCUUCCUUUCGCUGGAGCUGGCCUACCCUCUGGGUCUGCUGGCAGAGGUCAUCGACGACGCCGCCCCGGCCGUAGUCCUCACGCAUGCCUCCGAGCAGUACAAGGUCGACAAGAAAACACCCGUCAUUUGCCUGGACAGCCCACCAACGGAUGCCAAUGGCUACUCGAAGGACCCUGGGCCCCUGCCUGCAGACGACGACUUAGACCGGCUGGCGUUUGUGUCCUACUCGUCGGGCACAACGGGCAAGCCGAAGGGCAUUGCCAACCCUCACCGAGCACCCGUGCUCUCAUACAACCUGCGAUUCCUCGUGCAAGACGUCAAGCCCGGGGACCGCGUUGCUUGCAAUGUCUUCUUCAUCUGGGAGAUCAUACGUCCGCUGCUGCGUGGAGCUACUGUUGUCGUAGUGCCUGACGAAGCCAGCUACGACCCGGACGCGCUCGUAGACCUUCUUGCCGCCAAGCGUGUCACCGAGACUCUAAUGACUCCGACACUCCUUGCCACUGUACUUUCUGCCAAUCCCGAUAUCAAAGUUCGCCUGCCGGAGCUGCGUGUCCUAUGGCUAAAUGGCGAAGUCGUUACUACAGAUCUAGCUGCGCGAGCCAUAAAGUCACUCCCGCAGACACGCCUGCUCAAUUGCUACAGCGCGUGCGAGACCCAUGAGAUUGCAUGCGGCGAUAUUCGCGAAAUGUUCGAUGAGAAUUCCGUGUAUUGUCCCGUUGGCCCGCCAGUUGACCCGAAAUACAUAUACAUCCUUGAUGAUCAAGGCCAAAGAGUUGCCGACGGCACCACUGGGCAACUCUUUGUCGGCGGGCAAAUGCUGGCCUGGGGAUACAUAAACCGCCCUGAAACCACCGCCCAAGCUUUUGUGCCUGAUACUUUUAAUCCAGUCGCCGGUGCUCGCAUGUAUAAAACAGGGGAUCGGGCACGUAUUCUCGAGUCUGGCGUCCUCGAAAUUAGCGGACGUGUGGGAACCAUGAUCAAAUUGCGUGGCUAUUCUGUCGUUCCUGGUAAAGUUCAGAAUGAGAUCGUUAAACAUUUGGCCGUCAGCAGUUGCUGUGUCGUCGCUCGUGGAGAUGGUCUGGAACGGCAAUUAGUUGCCUAUAUAGUGCCUGACCGAGAGACUUCAAAGGACCGCGAGCUUGUCAAAAUUGAUAACUAUGGCCGCAGCCCCCAAGCACGUCGCAUUCUUGCGUCUUACCUUGCACAUUAUAUGAUCCCAACACUCUGGGUUGAACUGGAUGCCUUACCGACCAGCGAAGUUUCCGGAAAAGUCGAUCUCAAGCUUCUUCCUCCUCCACCUACUCCUGGUGCCAACGGCAAUGACAGGCACGCCGUAUCAGACUCAAUCAACCCCAAAGAUGUGGCCGCUCUGUGGGCUGCAACUCUCAAACUUCCACAGUACGGUAUCCAAUCUGAGGACAACUUCUUUGACCUCGGUGGACAAUCUUUGUUACUUGCCGACCUGUCAUCGAGACUCUCGAAAGCUUUUGGUUUCCGUGUGCCUAUCGCUCGGCUGGCAGAAAUUCCAACGCUUGACGGUCACCUUGCUGCAAUUCUGGCGGCACGGGAUGGCCACACCGCAGCUAUACAGGCAGAUCUUCCUGCCAUUUUAAGAAAUGAUUCCACGCUGAAGGAUGAUAUCAAGCCACCCAAGGCAACCAUAUGUCCUAUCAAUACGGCAGACACUGUGCUGCUAACAGGUGUUACCGGAUUCCUCGGUGCGUUCCUUCUCAGCGAGUUACUUGAGAGCACCAACGCGGAGAUUAUUUGUCUUGUUCGUUCCAGUGACCCAGAAUCUGAAAGCAGACCGCAAGCCAUCUCAAGAGUUCGUAAAAACCUUCUGGAUCUAGGCCUGUGGCAAGAUUCAAUUAUGGAACGAGUAGAGAUCCUGCCGGGAAAUCUGUCCCAAGAUCGGUUCGGUCUUCUACACGAAGAGUUUGAAAACUUAGCAUCUCGCGUUCAGGUGAUAGUCCAUGCGGCAGCCACCGUUAACCUUGUGUACCCAUAUGCCGCGUUACAGAAAGCUAACGUUGAAGGAACAAGAGAGAUAAUUCGCCUCGCGUGCAAGCGCGGCGCUACACUGCAGUAUGUGUCUACCAACGGGGUCUUGCCACCUUCUGGUGAGAUAGGUUGGUCAGAGGAUGCCAUUCUUCCUGUGGAGGAGGUUCCCGAGAAGAUUCCGGAUGGCUACGGACAGACCAAAUGGGUGGCCGAGCAACUCGUUUUGGAGGCCGGUCGCCGUGGACUGCCGGUGAAGAUUCAUCGAGCAGGUACCAUCAGUGGACAUAGCGUGACUGGCGCCUCUAACGCAUGGGAUCUAAUCUCUGCAAUAAUCGUCGAAUCGAUUAAACUUGGCUAUGCCCCGGAUGUGGAUGGCUGGCGAGCUGAGAUGACACCGGUGGAUUUUGUCAGCAAGUCCAUUGUUCAUCUUUCUUCUCAAACAGCGGGAAACCAAACGAUCUUCCACCUAGGAGAUCCUGACCCUAUUAGUAUGAAAUCAGUAUUCGACAAACUCGAGCAGCUCGGCUAUCCAACGAAGCCACUGGUGUGGAAUGAGUGGGUGGCACUUUGGAAUGAAAGGCGCGGCACUGCUCAAGGUGGGGAUAGUGCCUUUACAGCCGAUAUUCUCCGAGGCAGCAUGCCAACCGUGGAUUUUCUACGAGACAUUAUAAUUUUAGACAACAGCGCAACUAGACCUUUCCGUGCUGCCGUUGAAAGACCAAAGAUCGAUACUCCGCUGCUUGACACUUAUACUCGUCAUUGGUUUGCUAGAGGCUGGUUGCAACGACUUCCUCGCAAGAGUGCCGGAAGCUUGUCCGCUAACUCCAGCAGUAAAUCACCAUUAAGCGGACGUGUCGCAGUGAUCACCGGUGCAUCAUCUGGAAUUGGUGCUGCUGUGGCCACUGCCUUGGUUGAGCAAGGUUGCCAUGUUGCACUUGGCGCUCGGCGCUUGGAUGCUCUGCAAACUGUGAAAAACAAGUUCGGUGCCAAUGGUGGCAGAUGCAUACUACGAAAAACCGAUGUAACAGACAGGAAACAGGUCGAAGAACUUGUUCGUGCGGCAAAUGAUGAACUUGGAGCGGUUGAUAUUGUUGUUGCAUGUGCAGGUGUUAUGUAUUUCACCAUGAUGGCGAAUGUACAUGUUGAAGAGUGGGAACGCACUGUAGAUGUCAAUUGCAAGGGUCUCCUCCAUUGCCUAUCUAGUACAGUGCCGGGAAUGCUUUCCCGUGGCAGCGGCCAUAUCGUUGCCAUUUCAUCAGAUGCAGGCCGUAAAGUUUUCCCGGGACUGGGUGUGUAUUCAGCCAGCAAGUUCUUUGUUGAGGCAACAUUACAAUCAUUGCGUUUGGAAACAGCUGGGAAGGGCUUGCGUGUGACAAGUGUACAGCCCGGGAACACCGCUACGGACCUGCUCAAUAUGUCAUCAGAUGCCGAAGCCAUCAAGCAGUAUGGUGAGCCCUCAGGGGCACAGAUAUUAGAUCCGAAGGACGUCGCAAACGCCAUCGUUUAUGCGCUAUCUCAACCAUCACAUGUUGCUGUAAAUGAAGUGCUGAUAGAGCCUAGAGACGAGCCUAUAUAG